UUUUAUGUGUGCUCUUAUAAUUACUGUAUAUAUUGUAUUGUAGAUUGUGCAUAGGUAAUAUAACAAAUAUGAAACAUGUCUGACAGCAUAGAAGAUGAUGAAGAUUUUAUGUGUGAUGAUGAUGUGGAAUAUGACUUGGAAUACUCUGAAGACAGCAACUCUGAACCAGAUGUAGAUUUAGAAAAUCAAUAUUAUAAUUCUAAAGCAUUGAAAGAAGAAGAUCCCAGACUUGCUUUGGAAAGUUUUCAAAGGGUUUUGGAUUUGGAAGAAGAGAAAGGAGAAUGGGGAUUCAAAGCUUUAAAACAAAUGACAAAGAUUAAUUUCAAGUUAAAUAACUAUGGUGAAAUGAUGAAAACUUAUAAAGAAUUACUAACUUAUAUUAAGAGUGCUGUGACAAGAAAUUACUCAGAAAAAUCAAUAAAUUCAAUACUUGACUAUAUUUCUACAUCAAAACAGAUGGAUUUGCUACAAAAUUUUUAUGAAACGACGCUUGAUGCAUUAAAAGACGCUAAAAACGACAGACUAUGGUUCAAAACAAACACGAAACUAGGAAAGUUAUAUUUUGAUAGAGAAGAAUUUUUAAAACUAUCAAAAAUAUUAAGACAACUUCAUCUAUCUUGCAUGACACAGGAUGGCGAAGAUGACUUAAAGAAAGGUACUCAACUUUUGGAAGUUUAUGCAUUAGAAAUUCAAAUGUACACUGCUCAAAAAAACAAUAAAAAAUUGAAAAGACUUUAUGAACAAUCACUCCAUAUCAAAUCAGCAAUUCCUCAUCCACUGAUUAUGGGAGUCAUCCGAGAAUGUGGAGGGAAGAUGCAUCUCCGAGAAGGAGAAUAUGAUAAAGCGCACACUGAUUUCUUUGAAGCAUUCAAAAAUUACGAUGAAUCAGGAAGUCCGAGGCGGACCACUUGUUUAAAAUAUCUUGUUCUUGCAAAUAUGUUGAUGAAAUCAGGAAUUAAUCCGUUCGAUUCUCAAGAAGCAAAACCAUAUAAAAACGAUCCUGAUAUUCUGGCAAUGACUAAUUUAGUCACUGCAUAUCAAAACAACGAUAUUACUGAAUUUGAAAAAAUUGUAGCAGCAAAUCGAGCAAGUAUCAUGGAUGAUCCUUUCAUCAAAGAACACAUCGAAGAUUUAUUACGAAAUAUUCGAACUCAAGUUCUAUGCAAACUCAUACGACCUUAUACUCGUAUUCAGAUACCUUUUAUAUCACAGGAACUUAAAAUUCGACCAGAAGAAGUUGAAAGUUUGUUAGUCAGCUGUAUUCUUGAUGGAACAAUCAAAGGUCGUAUCAAUCAGAUUGAACAGGUUUUGGUGAUUGAUGAACAUCGCACAACCAGAGGGGAAGCGAGGUACAACGCACUUGAUCAAUGGACUCGACAAUUAGGUUCUUUACAUGAAAUAAUCAUAAACAAAUUGAGUUAAAAAUUUAUUUAAAAAGAUUGGUUAAUUUUACAUCUUCAAUUUCACUGGACUGUGCAUCGGUGAUGUUUCUCCAACUAUGACGCAGGGUUGCGUGGAUGACACACAGCUUGAUUAAACAAUCCAUUGUGACUAUUAUCUGGUAUGGCUAUCGAUUGAAUAACUGUUAUCACACUUGUGAUGUUUGGCCAUCUGCUUAUUAUGGCAAUCUUGAGAUGGCUAUGCGGUUAUGAGUAGGCUUUGAUGCCUUGUGUAACCAACAAGAUUUCAGGUUGAAAAACAUGUAGCAAAUCAUUUGGGAGGAGGAAAAUAAGGAUCUUAGCAUUCCUGCAUAGGAGUGUCCAUGACGCUGUUAAAAUUUAAAGUUAAUUUAUUUACUGUGGUAAACAAAACAGUUCAGUAAUGUUGUUGUUCCAUGCAUUACCAUUUUUGAUGCCAUGUGUUAAGUUCAACCCUAGACAGUUACAGGCACUUUACGAUAUUGUUAUGUAUGGUAAUAAAUUUUGCUAUUUCGAACA